GGCGUCUGCGCCUAUCUAAGUAGGACAAUAAAGUGAAAACGGUAUCAAUGUUCUAACAAUGGAUUUGUCAGAUAUGCUGCUUCUUCAAGUUUUCCUCUUCGUGUACUUGCUAAACCACACCCAAGGACACUAUAGAAAUCCCCUGAACAAGUACAUCCGUCACUAUGAAGGCCUGUCCUACGAAACGGAGCUUGUGGACAGCAAGCAUCAGAGAGCCAAGAGGGCACUCUCUCAUGAAGACAAGUUCCUUCAUUUAGAUUUUCAUGCCCAUGGAAGGCAUUUUAAUUUACGAAUGAAGAGGGAUACCAACUUGUUUGCCCAAGAUUUGAAGGUGGAGAUUUCAGGAAAAGAAAUUCCAUUUGAUACCUCCCAUAUCUAUACUGGAGAAAUUUACGGUGAGAAAGGUACCCUGACUCAUGGCUCCAUUGUGGAUGGUAAGUUUGAGGGCUUCAUUCAGAGCUACCACGGCACCUACUACGUGGAGCCUGCUGAGAGAUACCUGGGGGCCAAAGACGUGCCCUUCCACUCAGUCAUCUAUCAUGAAGACGACAUACACUACCCGCACAAGUACGGCCCAGAGGGAGGCUGUGCUGAUAGCUCAGUGUUUGAAAGGAUGAAGAGGUACCAAGCCUCUGCCGUAGAGAAGCCACCCAAGGAGUUCCACACUGAGGUGGGCUCUAAUGACCCCGUGUUGCUGAGGAAGAAGAGGAUGGCCCAGGCUGAGAAAAACACCUGCCAGCUUUUCAUUCAGACUGACCACCUCUUCUACAAAUACUACAAGACCAGAGAGGCUGUCAUUGCUCAGAUCUCCAGUCAUGUCAAAGCUAUUGAUGCCAUCUAUCAGGGCACAGACUUCAUGGGCAUUCGCAACAUCAGCUUCAUGGUGAAAAGGAUCAGGAUAAACACCACCAACGAUGAGAGGGACAGGUCCAACCCGUUCCGCUUUGCCAACAUCGGGGUGGAGAAGUUCCUGGAGCUGAACUCGGAGCAGAACCAUGACGACUACUGCUUGGCUUAUGUUUUCACGGACAGAGACUUUGAUGACGGGGUGUUGGGUUUGGCCUGGGUGGGAGCCCCUUCAGGGAGCUCCGGAGGCAUCUGUGAAAAAAGCAAGCUGUACUCGGACGGAAAAAAGAAGUCUCUCAACACUGGUAUAAUCACUGUACAGAACUAUGCCUCCCACGUACCUCCAAAAGUCUCCCAUAUCACGUUUGCACAUGAAGUAGGACACAACUUUGGCUCCCCGCACGACUCAGGAUCUGAAUGCACCCCAGGAGAAUCCAAGAGCCAAGACAAGAAGGAGAAGGGCAAUUAUAUCAUGUAUGCAAGAGCUACAUCAGGAGACAAGCUCAACAAUAAUAAGUUCUCUAUCUGCAGUGUGCGCAACAUCAGCCAGGUCCUGGAAAAAAAGAGAAGCAACUGCUUUGUCGAGUCUGGCCAGCCCAUCUGUGGAAACGGCCUGGUGGAGCCAGGAGAGGAGUGUGACUGCGGCUACAGUGAUCAGUGCAGGGACCAGUGCUGCUAUGACGCCAACCAGGCUGACAACAAGAAGUGCAAAUUAAAGCCCAACAAAGUCUGCAGUCCCAGCCAGGGUCCUUGUUGUACUUCGGAGUGCUCUUACAAGGGUCGUAAUGAGAAGUGCCGGGAGGAGUCUGAGUGCGCUCACCAGGGCAUGUGUAACGGAGUCAGCGCCCAGUGCCCCACGUCUGAGCCCAAGGCUAACUUCACCGCCUGCCAUGGAGAGACUCAAGUCUGCCUCAACGGGGGCUGCUCUGGCUCCAUCUGUGAAAAGUAUGGGCUUGAGGCAUGCACCUGUGCCAGCCAAGAUGGCAAGGAUGAGACUGAGCUUUGCCACGUGUGCUGCAUGGAGAAGAUGAAUCCCAACACGUGCAGCAGCACAGGAUCAGAGCGUCUGGCUCGUUUCUUCAAUAAGAAAGUGACCACGCUGCCAGCGGGCUCGCCUUGCAACGACUUCAAGGGCUACUGCGACGUGUUCAUGAAGUGCCGCCUGGUAGAUGCAGACGGGCCCCUGGCCAGGCUGAAGAAGGCCAUCUUCAACCCAGAGCUCUAUGAGAACAUUGCAGAGUGGAUUGUGGCCCAUUGGUGGGCAGUGCUAUUGAUGGGUAUUGCCCUCAUCAUGCUCAUGGCUGGCUUCAUUAAGAUCUGUAGUGUGCACACACCAAGCAGUAACCCUAAACUUCCCCCUCCCAAACCACUUCCAGGCACUUUGAAGAGGCGGCGAGCGCAACAGCACGCUAACUCCCAGGUGCAGCACCAGUCUCAGCACCCCCACCAGCACGGGCACGGCGGCCAGCGGCAGCCCCAGAGGCAGCCUCCGCGGCAGGCACAGCCCCAGAGGCACCACCGUCAGCCCAGAGAGAACUAUCAGAUGGGCCAGAUGAGACGCUGAGACCCCGCAUCCCCCCGCCCAAUGCCUUGGCUCCUCCUUGUGCCUACAGUGGGAAACAAAAGCGUCACUCCAUCCAAAGAAAAGCCUGACAUGGUUGUUAGUCAUCAUCAUAUCCUCCAUCUACAGACAAAACAGACAAGUGAAAAAGAGAAAACACUAUCUAGCAACUCGAUUGGCUCUUUGUGGAGUGGACUCGACCAUCAGCCAUUUCCAAUGCAGUGCGAUCUAGCAUCUUUUUCCACCCUUUUUUUUUCUCUUUUCUUUUUUUAAGGAGUGCCAAGGAGUUAAGGAGUCAUGUGUAGCUUUAGUACAUUCUGUGAUGUGUGUGUUUUUGUUUUUGUUUUUUGUUUUUUUGUUUUUUUUGCAACGUCUUCUUGAGUGACAAGCCCGUAGCUGCUGGUGAAUUUUGUGCUUUUCUUUUCGCCAUUCUUGCCAGGAUUGAGAGACACUCAGUGGGGAUUUGCGGCACUUUUGUGAUUUACACAUGUCAAACGGCAAAAGACACAGGCUCCAGUCUCUCGUGCAGACAGUCUCCUGCAUGUGACUGUACAUAUUUAGUGUAUCAUAAGUGAAAACAAACUAUUUCUUCUACUGUAAAUGUGUAAUUCUUCACUUUUUUUCUUUUAUUUUUUGGUUAGUGCUCUCAGGACUCUUAACACAUAAUUGAAGGCGUGAUGGUUGUGAUGAGUUCCUUGGACGUUGUUGUUGGGGAUUUGACGCCAUCAAGUACUCUUCACAGUCGUCCAAUCAGGUGGAUCUCUUUCACUAAUGAUAGAUUGCUAGAUUUUGAAUUUCAAACAAUAAGGUCACGAUAUUCCACUUUUCACGCCUUCAUGUUCAAGGUCCCCUUUUUCAUUUUUUUUUUUUUUUUUUUUUUGUCUAGCUAAAAUCGGAUUUUGCUCAUGUUGUGUAACAAGCUGAAGGAGUGAAAGAGUCAUGGGAACAGAAAGCGGAGAUCAUCUCGGUGUGUGUGUGUGUGUGUGUGUGUGUGAUUUUGUUUUUUCGUCUUUUACCGAUUUUGAUUAUAAAGAAUGAAUAACCACUAACUGAAGCUGAUGAUGAUUCUACCUGUUCAGAUAUGAAGGGAAAGUGAUAGGCUGCCGUGGCUUAGUUUAGAAGUGAGAGUGUGUCAUGUUACAGCUAGUUUACAUGAGUGUUGAAAUAAAUUUAAAAAAUGACUCCGGUGUGGAUGUACAAAAAAAAGAAAUUGUAAGAUUAAAUCAUUCUGUUAUUCUUCAGAUAGCAAAUCUAAGAACUUUUCAAUGUGGGCAUGCAGACACAUUUGUUAAAUGUGACUAUUAAUUGACCAAGGUCUGUAAUAUUUGUAUGUCACUCAACACUAUUUACUUCGACAGGUACUAAUGUUUGUCCUGAAACACGGACAGAGCAGUGUAAUGCAGCAGUAUUGUCACACAUUCCUCAGUGUGUUCACUAGUUUCACCGGAGACAAGCGGCUGUAUGAUAUUCAUUUUUUUUAUUUUAUUUUAAAGUCACUUUUUUCUCCUGAUCAGAUUUCUAUCAUGGACUGAAUCCCCUUAAGAGCUCAUGAGUGCAGGCCUCAGUGUGAGUUUACAUCAGCGUGCCAUAAAACUUUAUACAGCUGAUCUUUGUGCACAGGUUUUAUAAAAUACAGGACGCACCUGUAACGUUUCUGGAGCCACUUUAAAUGGAACAAAUGAAGGAGUUGUGAUCUCAGGUGUUUUCUUCCUCCCCUCGCUGCAGCAUAGCAUGAGGGGUAUUUUGGAAAGUGAUGGCAUGAUACCACUAACUGAGAGGAUAUGAUGAUGUGGUCAUAUGUUGUGCAAAAUCCCAGGAUUUAUUUCCUGUGCAACCAUUUCACCUACCGAUUGACUGUUGGGUGAAAAGUCUGGCACAGACGACAACAAAAAAAGCCUCGGGCAUUUUGCAUUAUAUUUUCGGCAAUGGAAGUUUAUUUUGUGCUCUGUCUUAAUUUUAUCCUGCCAUUUUUAUUUUUGAAUGCAUGCAAUACUAACCACAACUAAUAUAAUAUAACACUAUCCUGAUGGUUGUAAUAAUCACACAUGUGCUCUGGAGGGGACAUUGAAAACAAUUUGUCUCACAGUCAAUGGUUAAUUUCACGUGGCAGAUGAAUUAGGCAGGUCAGCGGUUGUUGUAACUUCUCAUGUCUGUACAAAAUGGAGCUCUUUUUAAGCGUCAUCUUCUAGGCUGGAUCUCGCCUGUGAAGCCUAGAGAAUUUACAUGUAAACUUGUACAGUACUUCGAAAAAUUUGCAUUUCAUUUGAAAAUGAGAAUUACAUUUUGAUACAUCCAUUUAAUUUUUUGUAUUCAGAUUCCAGAGUAAGUUGUUCAAAGAUGUUCAUAUGUGACAAACUUUCCUUUCUUCUAAGUUAUUUAUGUUCUUAUGUGCUAGUUGAAAUGGAGUUUGCUUAUGGUACCUUUCUCCACCACCGUCAAUGGUUAAAAACAAAUCAGGGUGAUGGAGUUAAUGUUACAUUCUCAUUUUUGUCUUUGUUAUCCUGUGGCAUGGUUUGGGUAGAAGAGCAGAAGAAUAAUGCCUGUAAAUUUACUUUCUUUUAAUUUCGUAGUCUUGGUAACAAAAAAAGUUUUUAGAUAAACGUGCACUGAAAAUGUCCAAAUUGAUUUGAAAUGUAGUAGGUGAUGUAGGCCGAAAGAACACAAGAUUAAAAAGUAAUACUACUGUCUUAUUUUAAUGUUCACUGUGUUUUAUACAGUAUCGGAAAUUUUUGUUCACUUUGAACAUUUUUACUAAAAAAAAAAAAUAUUUCAAAUUGUAUUGUGCAAAGAGAUGUAAUUUUUGGAGUACUUGAAAUGCAUUAAUUAAAAGACUCGUUCAAAAUAAAAUGGACCCCUGUUUACUGUC